CAAUGGAUGUAUUAAGUUUUCUGCCAUCGGGUAGGUAACUUUCAGGUGAAUUGUGGGUCUUGUCCCUAAGAUUGGGUUGAAACAUCGAGAAAUACAAGACUUCUCUUUUUUCUUCGCGUCCCGUCAAAACAAUAAUCAAUAAUGUCUAAACGGCCGAAUCAAGAUGCUCCCAGCGAAGAAGAUGAGCCACGCAAGCGCGUGCAACUUAUUUCAGAAAAAGCUCCUCUGUCUGGCACUAUUGCCUCUGUCGCUCCUGGGGUGUCGCGUUGGACCAUGGCAGAUAUCCCUUCAAGCCUACCACCUCUGCCACCGAUAAGCCCAGAACUGGAGGAGCAAGUUUUCAGACAUCCCGGGCUGGGAGAGCCUAGCUAUGAAAGGUUGGAGUGGUAUGGUGAUGCCGCCCUCGAAAUGAUAUCCACAGAGCUUGUGUUUGAAACUUUCGAAUACCUCCCCACCGGACGAAGUAGUCAGCUUCGUGAACAACUGGUCCGCAACCUCACACUCUCGGAUUAUUAUCGGCAAUACGGCAUGCAGUAUAAAACAAAGAUUCCCACGGAUAUGGGCUUAAUGGUGGAUUUGAUACAUCGAAGCGGGAGAGACAAGGAAACGAUCAAGAUUCAAGGCGACGUUUUCGAGGCAUACGUUGGAGCAGUCGUCAAAUCAGAUCCCCAGCACGGGGCCGCGAAUGCCGUCGCUUGGCUCAAAGCGCUCUGGGCUCGGACAAUCAAGGAUCAAAUCAGGCAAGCAGAGCAGCAUCGUAAAAACGACUUGAAAGCCCAGCGAUUUCUGGCUCGAUCCUCUGCGACUAUACCACCCACGGAACAGACAGUCGCUACACAAGUCGUACCAACAGUAAAGCCUAAGGCGCCGCCGACGAACAAAGAGCGCCUUUCUCAAGCAAUCGUCGUCAGGGGCAUCAAACUUCGUUACGAAGACAUGCCUUGCAACAAGAAGGAUAAGAACCUCAAACUGCCCUUGUUUACUAUUGGCGUCUAUCUGGAUGGGUGGGGAGAGGCCGGGAAGCUGUUGGGUUUCGGGACGGCUCUCGGGAAGAAAGAAGCUGGUGAGAGGGCGGCGAAAGCUGCCUUGGAGAAUAAGAAGCAGCUGAAGGUAUACGAAGCUAAGAAAGAGGCUUGGAUGAAGGAAACACACGCAAAUGAGCCAGCUGUUCAGACAUAAUACUGGAUGACAGAAUUCCGGAAACACGAAACCCAUUUUAUGAUGAGAUUAUGAAUAUAUAACAUAGGUUUCCUCAAAAAUCAUGAAGAUAAUACCAUUUUAUAAUAAGAUAAUGAAAAUACUAAUAAUAAGUUACUGUAUGAAUAUAUAUACAUAUAUAUAUAUGAUAUAUAAAAAAAAAAGAAGGUAUUUAAGCCUGAAAUUGUCUAUACUUGAUCAGUUGACGCUCAACUCUAGUAAUUGUUUUAUGCUGUCGUGAUCAUAAAAUCAGACCGAGCUCCUGGUCAAGACACUUUCCCAUGUGAAAUGCCCCCAUACCCAGAUACAGUGGGAAUUGAGGGGAAG